AUGAGGGCUGCAAGUGCAAACACACUCUCAACCUCCAGGACUCCAUUAUGGCGAUUGAAUUCUCCCCUACCCUAUCUCUUUAUCAGCGUAGCUCUGACGUUAGGGUUCAUUACCAUAGCACUCAUCAUUCUCGUCUGUUCACGGUACCGGAACCAAUCUUCCAACUCAUGGAUUCAUUCAGAAGAGAAAUCUGAAACUGUGAAACCAAAGAAUACCGAGACCGAUCUCACGCCGAAUAUCCUCGUCAUCAUGGCCGGGGACGAGAACCCCACCUACCUUGCAACGCCGGUGUCUUCUUCUUCAACCCACUGUAGCGUCGGACGUGCCUGAAUUGUCAUGCUUUGCUGUUGGUCAUUGAAGA